GUCAAGUGAAUUUUUCCGCCUCAGGAGACCUCUUCUCUCUUCUCUCAUUUGUUAUCUUUUUUUAAAUAAAUCUGUACUUCUGUAUAUAAACAUCUUCCUAUCGUGUCUCCCCCCACUCGACAAACACUUGUAUCAUUCACCGCCCAUUACACAAAAAGUCCAUCAAAAAGUAAAAACACAUCUGUUAAGCUCCAAGUUCGAAUUCAAUACACAACAAGCACGACGUGCGUUAUACGCGUGUGCCGAUCCUCCUACACCAACAUACAUACGCUUACACGUACCUUAUACCGCCCCCUCCCGGACUCCAUUACUUAACUAUUUCUUCUACCCCUCACCUUGCCCUGCCCUUGCUCUAUCGACUGCUUCACUUUUCUCCUUCGUCAAUGUCCACCGCCACCAUCAACCCCGCUCCGCUGCAGACCGCACCGUGGACCUCCCCCACGCAGGCACCACACCUCGCCUCCCAUCAGUCACCCCCGGCCGUUCCACCGUCCCCGGCCUUUCCCCUGCGUGAUGAGGAAGGCGUCACGUACGUCGGCGAUGCCGCCGGGACUGUGCAUUAUCACUUUUACUUCCCCAAAGCAAGCUUUGUCUCCGUCGUGCCAUCGAGCACCACAACGCUGGAGGGCGACGUCGACGAAGCCCGCACCACCGUCCACCCCGCCGUAGCCCUGAAGAAACAAAUGGGAGGCGCUUGGUGGGGAGAGGCGGCCUAUUCUGUUGGUCUGCACAAGGUGUUUCUUCUCGUCGACGGUCGCGCCGUGCUCACCCCGCACCUCCCUGUCACCUGCGAGCGCAACGAGGAGCUCGUCAAUUACAUCGAUGUCCCGCCGCCUGACGAGUCGAACAACUACUACUUGAUGCGACCGCGCACGGAGCACGGCAGCGUGGCACAGGAGUACAUCACCUCUUACACCACAGACACGGUGGAGGAGGUGCUCGUCUACCUGCCGCCCUCCUACCACAAACCCAGCAGUGCGACGCGGCGGUAUCCGGUGCUAUACCUUCUCCACGACGACAGGAAUCACGGCAUGGGCAGUCUGCAGCAUGGCAAGGUGAACAUCAUCGCCGACAACCUCAUCGCGGACGGCAAGAUGACGGACAUGAUCAUCGUGAUGAAGAACAACGCCAACGGGCUCUACGCUGACCCCUUAACCCACGACAUCACGCAAAUGUGUGACGACUUGACGGAGGACAUCAUCCCCUACAUCGACAACCGCUACCGCACCCUCGCAGACCGCGAUCACCGCGCCAUCGCCGGCCUCUCCAUGGGCUCCAUGCACGCCAGCCGCCUCAGCAUCACCCGCCCCGAUCUGUUCGCGUACGCCGGCAUCUUCUCCGGCUUCAUGCGCACCCUCUGGAGCGACAUCAGUACCAACGACGAUCACAUGGAUGUGCUCCGCCGCGAUCCCGCUGCCUACCAGAGCGCCAUGAAGGUGCUCUUCCGUUGCAUUGGCGACGAAGACGAGUUCAUCUCCCGCUUCGAGGAAGACGACGCGAUACUGGCGGAGCUGGGUGUGAAAUGCACACGGCGCAUCUACAAGGGACCGCACAGCUGGCACGUGUGGCGUCAAGCCGGGUCAGACUUCUUGACAAUGAUCUUCAAAUAA